GAAAAAAAAAGGAGUCUUCGUUCUUUACCCUUUUAAGUCCUGUUUCUUAUUGCCAUGUGGGUCCCUCCCUUGCACUACCUUAUGAUCACUCAACUCAUUUGCUAUCUUUGACAUUCAUCAUUUUGUGACAACAAUAAAGUGUGAUCCCUCCUUCAACUCCCUCUCUCCUAUCAGUGUUCAUGUUUGCAAAACUAGUAAGGCUUGAGAAGGUGUGUAUGUUCUUUGGAGAUCAAAGGGGUUUUCCAUGUUGCCCCCAAAUUCUAGCAGGGCUCCUUUCAAAAUAUUGAUGAGGUGGUUCAUAUUCCUUGUUGUCUUGAAACUCAGUUCUGCAAUCAAAGAUCCUGAUAUAGAAGGUGAAGCUCUGCUUGAUCUUUUGAAUUACCUCAAUGAUUCAAAUAAUCAAAUACAAGAUUGGGAUAGUCAUUUAGUGAGCCCAUGUUUCAGCUGGUCACAUGUCACUUGUAGAAAUGGACAUGUCAUAUCUCUGACCCUGGCUUCUAUUGGAUUUUCUGGAACACUUUCUCCCUCAAUUACCAGAUUGAAAUAUUUGGUUAACUUGGAAUUGCAGAACAACAAUCUUUCAGGCCCCAUACCUGAUUACAUUUCCAACUUGACAGACCUACAAUAUCUGAAUCUUGCUAACAAUAAUUUUAAUGGCUCUAUACCGGUUAGUUGGGGUCAACUAUCCAGUCUCAAGAAUGUGGAUCUUUCAUCUAAUGGUCUUACCGGAACUAUCCCUACACAACUCUUUUCAGUUCCAAUGUUUAACUUUUCAGAUACGCCUCUUGAUUGUGGCUCUAGCUUCGACCAGCCUUGUGUUUCUAAAUCUGAUCAUCCAGCUUCAACCAACAAAUCAAAAUUGGCAAAAGCCAUGCCUUAUGCGAGUUGCGGUGCAUUUGUGCUUCUGUGUCUUGGAGCCAUCUUUACAUAUAGACACCAUCAAAAGAUCAGACACAAAAGUGACGUCUUUGUUGAUGUUUUAGGUGAAGAUGAGAGCAAAAUUUCUUUUGGACAAUUAAGAAGGUUUUCUUUGCGAGAACUCCAACUCGCAACUAAAAGUUUCAGCGAAAGCAAUGUAAUUGGCCAAGGUGGAUUUGGAAAAGUCUACAAAGGAGUACUCUCAGAUAACACAAAAAUCGCUGUGAAACGCCUCACCGAUUAUCAUAAUCCUGGUGGUGAGGCUGCGUUUGAGAGAGAAGUUGAUCUGAUUAGCGUUGCAGUUCAUAGAAAUCUCCUAAGACUAAUUGGAUUCUGUACAACAUCAACUGAAAGAAUCCUUGUAUAUCCUUUCAUGGAAAAUCUAAGUGUAGCAUAUCAACUAAGAGAUUUGAAAUCUGAUGAGAAAGGCUUGGAUUGGCCGACAAGGAAGCGUGUAGCUUUUGGUACGGCGCACGGUCUAGAAUAUCUACACGAGCAAUGCAAUCCGAAGAUAAUUCACCGUGAUCUAAAGGCUGCAAAUAUCCUUCUAGAUGAUGAGUUUGAACCUGUUCUAGGUGAUUUUGGACUGGCCAAGCUGGUUGAUGCAAGGAUGACUCAUGUUACCACUCAAGUGCGCGGUACAAUGGGUCAUAUUGCCCCGGAAUAUUUGUCAACUGGAAAAUCAUCAGAAAAGACAGAUGUUUUUGGAUAUGGCAUAACACUUCUUGAACUAAUCACUGGUCAGCGCGCAAUUGACCUCUCUCGGCUCGAAGAGGAGGAGGACGUUCUUUUGAUUGAUCAUGUAAAAAAUCUAAUUAGAGAAAAUAGGCUAGAGGACAUAGUGGAUAACAAUUUGGAGACUUAUGAUCCAAAAGAAGCUGAAACCAUUCUUCAAGUUGCAUUACUUUGCACACAAGGCUAUCCAGAGGAUCGUCCGACAAUGUCCGAGGUGGUAAAAAUGUUGCAGGGAGUAGGGUUGGCAGAUAGAUGGGCUGACUGGAAGCAACUUGAAGAGGCUAGAAAUCAAGAAAUAGAAUUAUCACUCAUGACUCACCAAUUUCCUUGGAGUGAUGAAUCUACUCUUGAUCAAGAAGCUAUACAACUUUCCAGAGCAAGAUAGGCAUAGAAUAACUACAGAAGUCAAUUUUGAAAAUGCUCGUCCUUGUCAUCAUAGAAUAUAUAUGUACUUUCAGUAUGCUUUAAAGAAAAAAGGAAUAUAUACGCAUACGUACUUUAAAGUCUAUAUUAUAUAUAUAUAUAUAUAUAUAUAGUGAUGAAUGUUAUAUAGAAUAGAAUGGAAAAGAAAGGAAUGAAGGGUUUGACAUAGAUAAUAUAUUGUAUUUAAUUAGAGGUGAAGAUUAUGGUUGCAAUAUAUGUGAAUCACAACUA